AGAUCCCACCGGGAUAUCCGUUCCAGUCCCUGCCUCCCUCCUUUGGAAGACACUAUCCCUACCUCCUCCAGCCCGCCGCAGCAUCUGACGCGGACGGCCUGCCUCCCGAUGUCCCGCUGCCUGCUGAAGGCUCCGAGCACAUGGAACUUUCCCCAGAGGUCAAGCCCAUCCACCUGUCUCCGUCCAAAAUGCUCGAGCCUAUCCAGGCAGGAGCAGAAGAGGAGUCCUUGGAAGAGAGGGUAAAGUCAGAGGUGCAGAUGGAGGAAAGCCAAGAAGGCAUCUGUGAGCAGGACAUGGGGACUCUCAACAUCACCACCUCUGCAGCCGUCCCCGUGCAGAACGUGGACAAUUGCAACCUCCUUUUGCACCAAGGUGAAGCCCUGAGUGCUAUGGAGCAGGACCAGGAAGACCUCCAGAGCUGCCCACCUCCUUACCAGGUCGUGGCCUGCCCUGCAGAAGCAGAGGCUCAGGCAGAGACGGGGAGCGGAGCGGAAACCUGCUCCAUGCACAUGGAGUACGACGAUUCGCUCGCGCACACGGAGGGCGAGCCGCCCGAGAUGGACUUGACGCCCCAGCGGGAGGAAGCCUCUGUAGCCAUGGAUCUGCAGAGCGCUGAUGUGCCCCGGGGGAGAGAGUUUCCCAGCCUGCCCCCUGAGGAGGGGGAGCAGGGGCCAGAGAUCUCUUCCUAUACAGAGGAGGCAAUCUCUUGCCAAAUCCCAGCUCUGGACAUCAAACCGGGCGACCCACUGGCUGGGAUGAACGCUUUGGUGGCUGCCACAGAAAUGCCUCAGGCUUGUUCCUUGUUGACUACCACGGGUGUCCCUCCACCCCAGAUGAAGGUGGAGGUGUUACCUGACCAGGCCUUGGAGCACUCCUUCCUGCAAGGGAUCACUUUGCUGAGCGAAAUUGCGGAGAUGGAGCUGGAAAAACGGAAGCAAGAAAUGCAAAGUCCAGAGAGUUUCCCUGUCCGGCCAACGCUGGAGAGUUUGCUGGCUGCCAGCACCCACAUGCUCAUGGAAGUACUCUCCACCCCCUUUAUGGAAAGUCUGAAAACCAUCCGACUGCCUCGAGAGCUGAAUCCCAACAAGAAGUACAGCUGGAUGCAGAAGAAAGAUGAACCUAUGUACUCCAUCAAGUCGGCCAUCGAGAACAUGGACGCGAUGGAGCUGGACUACAGGAUGAGGCUGGCGGAGCUGCAGCGGCGCUACAAAGAAAAGCAGCGGGAACUGGUGAAGCUGCAGCGCCGCAGGGACUCCGAGGAAAAGCAUGACGAGAAAAGUAGAAGCUUGGCGAGAAGAGGCCCUGGAAGGCCCAGGAAGAGGAAACUUGGAUCAAGCGCUCUGUCACCCAUUAAGGAGAGAGGGAAGAGUGACAGCAAGAGUGGAAAACUGAGCAAGUCCUUGUUGCUCUCCGAAGACUCUGAGACUGGCGAGGGCAUGAAGAAGAGACACAAAGGGGCCCUCCUGGAGGAGGACGAGGAUGUGGAGAGCAGCAGUGGCAAGAUGAAAGGGAGGAACCAGAGCUGGGAAGAGCACGAUGCGGCUCCCAGCUUCUCAAAUGAGUUAAAGCUCAAAAAGAAGAAGGUGCCAUCGGAUCAGGAGCAGCUGGCCAGCAAGCUUGACAAGGCUCUGUCGCUCACCAAACAAGACAAGCUCAAAUCCCCCUUCAAGUUUGCCGACAGCUCUGGGGGAAAGCCGAAAACUGGUGGAGGUGGCAGCAGGUACCUCCCACCCCACGAGGCUCUGCCGAGCAAGGAGGAGAAGAAGAGCCUGGCCAAGAACUUGGGCCUGUCGCUAAAAGCCACCAAGGAAGGUAAAAACAAAGUGGCUGCCAAAAUGAAGAAGAUGGAGGUGGGGUUAAAAGUCAAAAAUCAGCUCAAGGUUUCCCAUUCACCAGCAAUAUCUGAAGUUAGCAGCUACUCCUAUAGUAAGUAA